CUCCACCACAGGCCAAAGUGGUCCAAACAGCACCAUUUAUAUCCUUCAAGAGGAGACUUAAUACAUCGCCAAGAACUCGGAAUACUAUUUUAUACCAGUCUUUACGUGAAGGAAUAGGUGAUCAAUUGCUUCUAAACACCAUUUGAAUUUGUCCGAAACCUGAAGUUUUUGAUCAGUAGAAGUGCAAUAUUAGACUUAUCAUAAGUUCCGGUAGACAGAGUUGAUCUGAAGCAAAAGAGUUGACCAGUCUCUAAGAUAAUCAAAAAGUUGUUAAUCAUGAAUAAUAGGACAUUAUUCUGAGUCCUAGAAACCUUGACUUCACCUCAACGCCGGCGCUCGUAUUGACUUUAGUCACAUGGCUACUAAACUAAAGUUCAAACUAGCUGAUAAAUUUCAGCCUUGCUUUAACUCUCAAUAUCCAAUCUUCCACACUAAGUCAGGUAAAAUUUAUUGUGGAAGAGAUGUUGACGACUCACUGUGUAUAAAUGUACUCGAUGAAAAUUCGUUCACUUUGGUCAACAGAAUUCGGGAUGAUGAGGUUAUCACAUCUUUCAUUGUUGAUGAAGCCGGAUCGGAGAUAUUUAUUGCUACUAAGAACUUGCUUUUAAAACGUCUUGAUAGCCUUUCUCUAAGGCCUACAAAAGUAUGGAUGUCUUGUCACCAAAGAAUCGUGCAGAAAAUGGCGCUUAACAAAACUUCAACACGAUUAGCUACCGGUUCAGGAGAUAUGGUUGUUAGAUUAUGGCAUAUUGGUCCAAAGGAAGGCUCCUCAAAAAGCUGUCGACUGCACCAAGGAAUGAUAACACUAUUGAAAUUCCAUCCGACAUUACCGUACCUUUUCUCAUCUUCAGUGGGUGAUCACUUUGUAGCUGUGUGGGACAUUGAGACUGGAAAACAUGUCUCUUCUCUUGAAGGUCAUCAAAGCAUUGUUACAAGUUUGGACUUCAAUGCUGGAGGGAAUGAAUUAGUUACAUGUGGGCGCGAUAAAGUUCUUAUUGUCUGGUCGUUCGUAGACUUCACAAAACAAAAAGUCAUACCUACCUUUGAGAGCUUAGAAGCUUGUACUUUCCUUCCUGUUGGCGCAUUAACAAAUCACUUGGGUCACACGUUUUCUGAAAGCAAUACUUCUUUAUUGUUGACUGGCGGUCAGUGGGGCUGUUUGCGUUGCUGGGAUGUAGAUACUGGGCGUUGCGUGUUAGAGAUCAAGGGUCCCUUAGAUCGGACUCCUCAGUCUGAUUCUGAUAGUUUCACUGCGUUAGAUCGCCACUCAAUUGACUAUGGACUUCAUUCCAUCAGUCAUUUGAAUGUAUACAAUAUAAAAGACAGUAAUGAUAAUGUGUUGGAUGAAAGUGAAAACUCAUCCUUACGAUUAAUUCUUGUGCGUCAAAGUAAUCAUGUUGAAUUUUAUAACCCAAUGGUCGGCAAAUUAAUGGCUGAGUUCUUAGGUGACAUUGGACAAGUUGAUCAAUUAUGCAUUGUAGGCAAAAAUCACAAUUAUCUCAUUCUAGCUGAUGCGUCACCUCACAUGAAAAUUUUCCUCAAUCCAUAUGGACUCAGUUUAAAGAGAAAAAAUACAACUGAAGAUAAUCUUAAUAGUAAAACAGAUGGUUCAUGGAAAUGUCACCUUAUUCCCGGUGGUCAUACUGAUGUGAUUAUGGAUUUGACUGUAUCCAUAUGUGGUCAAUGGAUUGCAAGUGGUUCUAAAGACCAAUCUAUUUGUUUAUGGCAUCUAAUAGAAUCAGAAGAUUCAACACCGUCAUCACUACAUAAAUCUAAGAAUGUUCCUGUCAAAUUGGAUCUUAUUACUCAAAUUCAUAAGGCACAUGCUGCUCAUAUCAGUUCUGUUUGCUUUGAUAGAUCGACAACACAUCUUAUAUCUAGUUCAGAAGACGGUAUUUUAAAAGUUUGGAAUGUUCAGUGUAAUAACUUAGAUAAACCAGAUUCUAUGUUAUCAGAAUUAAACACAAUUCAUGGAGCCCAUGGCGGAGUAAUCAAUUCAAUUGAUGUUUCCGUUGAUAAUCGUCUUGUUGCUACUGCAUCACGUGAUAAAACUGUCAAGAUAUGGGAAUUUAAAAAACAAAGUUUACAUUGUCAAGGGGUUCUUCAGGGUCACCGUAGAGGUGUUUGGUCUGUUUGCUUUUCAAGAUUUGAGAAAAUUGCACUUACUGCUUCGGGUGAUGGAGAUGUAAGAUUGUGGAAUUUGAAAGAUUUCUCGUGUAUCCGUACAUUGGAAGGCCAUGAUCAACCAGUGUAUAAGGCAGUUUUUCUUUCUCACGAUAAACAAAUAUUAUCAUGCGAUCAGAAAGGAUUAAUAAGAUUGUGGAAUGUAUCCAAACCACCUAAAAAUAAUCAAGAAAAAUCUGAAAAUGUUGAUAAACCAUCCUCUGAAGAAACUUCAUCUUUAGUUUAUGAAGCACACGAUGGAAGAAUAUGGUCAUUAGCUAUUUGCCCAGAUGAAUCUGGUUUUUUCACUGGUGGUGAAGAUGAAACAUUGUGUUAUUUUGAAGAUAUUACAGAAAUAUUGCUGAAUGAAACAUCACAACAGCAAGAGGAAUAUAUUCAAACACAACAAGAAUUGGAUAAUCUUGUACACAAACAAAUGUAUGCCGAUGCUGUUCAUUUGGCUGUCAAAUUAGACCAACCCAAGCGAACAUUAGACAUACUACAGGAACUUUUGACUCAAGAUAAUUUCAAACAGACUUGCAAAGAUAAUCAAAGUAUCAAAUAUCCAACACAAGCUGCGAACUUAUUGUCAGUACUUGAUGAUUUUGCAAAUAAAAGUCACAGUGAAAGUCUUAAUGAUUCACUUAAUCUAAGUCAACGACUUUUAUCUUAUGCUAUCAACUGGAAUACAAGGACUAGAACAUCAAUGAUAAGUCAGUUUGUAUUGAAUUGGAUUCUAACCCGUUGGAAACCAGAAGAAUUACUUGAAUGGCCAAAUUUUAAUCAAGCGAUACAAUAUCUCCUUCCGUAUACAAAUUGACUGUACAUCAUAAAAGAUGCUUCAUUUAUUGUUUGGUUGGACAGCAUAUACAGAUAAACAACAAUUCCUGUGAUAUUGACAGUUAACUAUGUAAUGGUAUGUUAUGUGAUUGGUUGUAGUGUCUUUGAUUGUAAUACCAAGAGGAUAAUAAACGUAUUCCUGAUGUUAAUUAUAUAUAGGCUCUUGAACAGUUCUUUGCAGAAUGAAUAGUGAUGAUUUUAUCAUUUUGUAUACAGCUUUUACGGAUUCAUAUUUUUGUCAGUUUUCACCUAUGGAAAAUAUAUCAGUCAUAAUACAAGUCCAUAAUUUAUUAAUUACACCCACGGUUAGACCUUUUUUGAUAAAAUUGAAAUUUUAUUCUUAGUUGAGACCAUGAGUCAAUUGAAGCUAAACCACCAUGGGAAAUCUGGAAGCACUGGGCGGUCGUUUCGUCCUAUUACGGGACUCUCCAGCAGUGCGCAUUCACGACCCCGCCUCGUGGGGUUCGAAUCCAGGACCUAUCCGUUUCGCGCACGAACGCUUAACCAAUAGACCACUGUGAGAUAGUAACUCACUGAUGACAAUAGUGGAUGUGUCGCUCAAUUUCGUGGAUUAGUUGAAGUUAGACAUUAACACUGU